CAACUCCCACUGGCGUCCCUACUUCUCGCUCUGGCCUGACUUCAGCAGCCUGGAUCACCCCAUGUUCUGGCCUGAAGAAGAGAGGGUGAGGCUCCUACAAGGCACUGGCAUCCUCGAAGCGGUGGACAAAGACCUGGCCAACAUCCAGCUGGAGUACACCUCCAUCAUCCUGCCCUUCAUGGAGUCCCACCUGGACCUCUUUGACCCCAAGCUGCACACGCCGGAGCUGUACCGGAGGCUGGUGGCAUUCGUCAUGGCCUACAGCUUCCAGGAGCCCCUGGAUGAGGAAGACGAGGAUGAGAAGGAGCCCAACCCGCCCAUGAUGGUGCCCAUGGCUGACAUUUUGAAUCACGUGGCCAAUCACAAUGCCAACCUGGAAUAUUCCCUGGAGUGUUUGAAAAUGGUCACCACGCAGCCCAUCAGCAAAGGCCACGAGAUCUUCAAUACCUACGGCCAGAUGGCCAACUGGCAACUCAUGCACAUGUACGGCUUUGCUGAGCCGUACCCCGGCAACACGGACGACACUGCCGACAUCCAGAUGGUGACGGUGCGCAGGGCUGCCCUGCAGGGUGCCAGCACUGAAGCGGAGCGGCAGCUGGUCUCUGAGCAGUGGGAUUUCCUUUGCCAGCUGGAGAUGGUGGGGGAAGAAGGAGCCUUUGUGAUUGGCUGGGAGGAAGUGUUGACAGAGGAAGAGCUGUCCAUGACAUUGAAGGUGCUGUGUAUGGCUGCAGAAGAAUUCAAAGAGUUUAAAGAGCAUGAGGGCUGGGAAGAAGACACAGAGGAUGAAGAGAGCUUUACUUUGUCUAACGAGACAAUACCCAGACUCAAAGCCUCAUGGAAGAAGCUUCUCCGUGACAGUGCGCUGCUGACGCUGGAGUCUUACAGCUCAGACCUGAAAGCAGAGCAGGACUUGCUCAAUGACAAGGUGGCUUAUGGCAAACUAAGCCCGAGAGAGCAGCGGGCCUUGCAAGUGCGCUAUGGGCAGAAGAGGAUCUUGCAGCAAUUGCUGGAGCUGACAAGCUAGCAGAGGCUGAACUGGGAAUUGCAGCCCUUGUAUAAAGCACACCUUGCACUCUCUCCCCCACUGGUGGGAUGGAUGGGGUGGCCACUUGUAUUCAGGAAGAACAGAGGAUGAGAGUUGAUUUGGACCCACUUACUCCUGAUAUUUCUGUAUUGGCUUUUCAUCUACCUCUUGACUUUUCUAUAAAUUACAUACCUGUCU